UUUUUUUGUUUUUCUUUUUAAAAUUCUUUACUCCCUCCCUUCGCCCACCUGCUUUCCCCAUGGAGUUCAAGCUGGAGGCGCACCGCAUCGUCAGCAUCUCGCUGGGCAAGAUCUACAGCGCGCGGGGCCAGCGCGGCGGCCUGAAGCUGCACAAGAACCUCCUGGUGUCGCUGGUGCUGCGCAGCGCCCGCCAGGUCUACCUGAGCGAGCCGGGCUGCCCGCCCGAGCCGCCCCCCGCCGCCGCCGGCCACCCCGAGGAGGAGCCGCCGCCGCCCCACACCGCCGCCUGGGCGGCCGAGGAGCCGCCGCCACCGCCGCCGCCCCCGCAGGACGAGGCGGGCAGGGACUGCCAGGGCCCCCGGCCGCGGCGCUGUUGCUGCGGCGAGAACCGCGGGGGCUGCGCCGGCGCCCCCCCGCCGCCGCACUGCCCCCGCAAGCGGAGCGCCGGCGAGCGCGGCCAGACGGGCUCCCCGGUGAAGAAGCCCCGCCGCGAGGAAGAGGAGCCGCCGCCACCGCCGCCCUCGCCGCCGGGCGAGCAGGAGGAUAUGGAGACGGGCAACGUGGCCAGCCUCAUCAGCAUCUUCGGCUCCAGCUUCUCGGGACUGCUCAGCAAGGAGCCCAAGGGCCGGCGGCGACCGCCUCUGGACGGCGGCGAGGCGGCGGCGGGCACGGCGCCCGCCGAGGCGGCGGCCGAGCCGGGACAGAUCUGCUGCGACGAGCCGGUGCUGCGGACCCUCAACCCCUGGAGCACGGCCAUCGUGGCCUUCUGAUGGCCCGGCCGCAGAGACUGGCUCCCCGCCGCGGGCCGGGGGGCCCGGACAUGACACCCACCGAGCGCCGCGGGGCUCCGGCGCC